AUGCCGUCUUCUCGGAGCAGCCGUCCUCGAAGCAGCGUGCUGGUGGCGUACCCUCCACCACCUUGCGUGGAGGAAGAACCCACCUCGCUUGCUCGAGAACUACACGGCCUCACCAAGCUUGGUGAAAAGCCUGGCUUCGAGGGAACUCGCGUGAGAGGUGCUGUUAACCAGUACCCGAUCAUCUUGAACACGAAUUUCCCUGGUUCUUCUUCUUCUUCUUCUUUUUAUUCUCCUCCACCCGAUGCCUCCAGUGUGCCCGGGCUGGGGAACGUUUCUUCGGACGACAGCAGCGGACCGGUGACACCACCUCCCAUGGCCCAGGAACCCACGAUCCGCACAAGCUCCAGACCACAGUCGCGUGAACGCUCUCGAACUAUGUCAUCCUCUGCUUCUUCUGCCUCAAGCCGGUCUCAGGGCCAACCAUCUCAUAUGCAUUAUCUUUCUAGCCGCGACGCGAUUCCUCAACGCCACAGCCGUCCACCACCGAAGUCGCGGGAUAGCAUUUGCAAGAGUGAGGUGCCGGCACCAUUGGCUUCGUCUAGCUCCAGCAACUCUCGAGGUCGACCAUUGCCUGCACUUCCACGGCACUCUGAUCCUGAGGUGAAUGUCUCUCGCCAACCUCAGCCUCCGCCAUAUUCGCGAGACAGUCGUGCCAUCAAGCAUGAGGUUCCUGUCCAUACCAUCCCUUACGGAUCACGAGGAGUGCGUCCUGAACGACCUCGUUCUCGGUCUCGUGGACCGGUUAACGAACGGGCCCAUCCAAGCCAGUCCGCACCACCUAUCAGCCAGUCCGCACCACCUAUCAGCCAGUCCAACACUAUACGAUCUGGAAGCACUGGAGACCAAAGAUCCUUGGUGCACGAGCACUCACGGCGUGAGUCGCCGCCGGGAUAUAUGUCAGAUUCAAAUGCGGCACGCAACAGAGCAUACUUUCACCACCCUCCGCCUGCGCCACCUGUGCCGGAGAAGAUACCCAUUGAGAAGCCUACUAGCCCGACGCUCGCCGAGCGAAUCGAGGAAAAGCUUCGAAAACGUCAAAAGCGACGUGACUCAGGAGUUUCAUCAGAUACAGAGACUCGCUCGAGAGCUGCGACUGUAACAAUCAAGCCUGGCGAAUCAAUCUUGAAGGCCUCGAUGCCCGCUUCGACGCCCGUUCCGCCUUCUCGUGAUCCUCAAGCCUCGGGCCGUCCUAUGGCUGAGCGGGCUCCAGCUUCACGGCCCAGAGCCGCGACUGUGAGCUCGGCUCCGCUGCCUACCCUGUCUCGCUCGAUGUCCAAGGCUGGCGAACGCCCAAAGUCUAUUCUGGUGAACGGAACUCAAUCUGGAUCGAGCCAACUCCCGCGCACUCCAGGAUCUGUCAAGUUUCAAGAUCAACCAAAAGAGAAGCCGAUAACCUCCCAAGUUCAAGUCCAAGUCCAAGCUCCAAGCCGACAAACUAGUCCACCACAGCGUCCUCCAAACCCUACGGGUCUAUGCAUCACCCCGUGCCCCCGUUCAGUUCCCACAGCAGGCCAAACAGGUUGGUACACCCUCAAGGGUCUCACCCACCUAGACAUCUGCCCAUCCUGCAUGGGCCAAAUCGCCCAUUCUCGCUUCCGCGAUUUCUUCAUCCCAAGCCUCGCCAAACCCCCAACCCAGAAAACCCACUGCGCCUUCGCCAAUCCAUGGACCCGCCUUUCCUGGACUCAGAUGAUCAAAAAGAAACACGACAGCCUCGAAAUGCUCUACCAAAUGACGCGCCCUCCUCCGGGAACCCGCGCCUGUCCAGGCCGAGUCAUCACCGACCAAACCUGGUACCGCAUCGUCGACCCAGAAACCAACAUCUACCUACCCCGGUUCCACGUCUGCGGCACCUGUGCCCGCAAUGUUCGUGUCCUGAUGCCUGCCCUUCGUGAUACUUUCGAACAUUGUCCAGAACCCCAAGAACGGGCCUGCGACUUCGUCACUACGAGCCCGCGUUUCGUGCAGUUCAUCGAUCUCCUCGAUGAUGCCUCUUCGCGCGCAGAAGCAGAUCCAUCGCGCCGACCCGAUGUCCGCGAUUUCUUAAACUAUGCUCGCAGGAAGAUUGUUCUCCGCGACUGUCGUCGCGAUAGACCAACACUCGGCACUUGGCACUAUAUCCCGUCUCUACCGGAGCUGAGCGUCUGCGAAGACUGCUACGAUGAGGUUGUCUGGCCACUUGCCAAGACUCACCGCCCUAUCGCACGGAUGUUUUGUACUUCUAUGAGACUGUUACCGGGUGAUGGACCCCGGAGCUGUCGUGAAGCGAGCUGCCAGCUGUAUUCCGGGAGGAUGAGGGCACGCUUCAGGGAUGCGGUUGCAAAGGAUGAUUUCGCCGGGUUGCAGUCUGUUUCCUUGAGACGGUAUGAGGCGGAGAGGAGAUUUAAGGAUCGGAGAGAGGAGUUGCUUGUUGCGGAGGGGAAGGGGUACGAUUGUGAUGAGGAGAUGAGGAAGGCUGUGGAGGAGUGGAGGAGGUGGGAGUGA